AUGUUGGCAAGCUUAUUUAAUAAAGGAGUCUCCUCCCCUAUUGAACUGCCGUCAUUAUAUUCCGCUUCCCCAUUAUCUUUGGUAAAUACCGAAUCAGACAAUAUCCUGAAAGAGAAAGUGAACAACUUUCCACUAUAUGGUUCCAAUGACAUUCUGCACUUCAACUUUGAUAAAAAUGAUUUCCGUAUUUUGGUUUUAGAAGAUACCGGUCAUUUGUAUUCCACCGAUAGAUAUUACGUGUUAUAUGAUUCAGACCUUGAGAAGGCUAAAUUGAAAGCUAAAAAAGCACAGCAUGAUAGGGAAUUAUCAGGAAGGACCAGGCCAGAUAAUAAUUCAAGAAAAUUAAAUGAUUCGCAGAGGAAUAAGAAGCCCGUUGAAGCUAUAGAAGACUUGGCGCGUCAGCACUUUUAUGACAAAUCAGAUAUUAGAGUCAUUGCAGGAUAUUUAUUCGGAUCGAGUUUUAAGGCAAAACUGAAACAGACUUCAAGAAUACAUUGCGAACCACAAGAUAAGAAGUUGAAUAAGAAGUUGAGAAACAAGACUUUGGCAGUUCGAGCUUAUCAUUUUGAUGCGAAUUUUGAGGACAGUUUGAUUAAUAGACAGAAGACAGGGGCUUCUGAUGUUAUAAACGCCUCUUCCCAAUCAUUAAAGGCAAGCAGCUCACUUAAUUUCAAUACAGAUAUUUUUGAUAGGAACAAGUCUGCACAAAGUUUGCAUACAGAACCCCAAGCCAUUACACAGAAUGACAUUACUGAAGAAAUGUGGACAGCAGAUCCAGCAACUAAAAUUGAUCAUGAUUUUGGCUCCAAAAAUAAUACUCCUAUUGGCAUUUGUAUCGUCUUACCAUUUUCUGCUAAGGAAUUCACGCAAACUGUUGGUGCAAAUUUUCAAGACUUCGAGAAUUGGUUGUAUGAACUUCAAGACCUCACUUUGAAGUACUUAAAACGCUAUUAUUCCAGGCAAGUCUCGAGUUCUGGUGCCAAAACUAAACAUUUGUUGAAGCCAGAUUCAUGGUACGGAAAUAAUGAUAAGCCUAAGUCCACCAAUAAUAGGCUGCAUGAGUACUUCAUGGUUGAUGAUAUACAAGGCAAUAAAAUAUAUUUCAACGAAUAUAUAUUGCAAGACCAAUUUGAAUCAGAAAGUGUUUUUUUGAAUUACUAUCAUAGAAUUAAUUUUUUCAUGAACACUCCAAGAGUUAUAACAGGUAUGCCAACUUUUGAAAAGCUUCUUAAAUUUAAUUUCAUUCCCCAGGCUACAUCUACAACAAGUCCAAAAAGCUUAGUGAAGAAACCUUCAAAAAGAUUGCUAUUCUUACUUUUCUGCAAAGAAGUUCGGAACUGGUUGACUAUUCACGAUUCAGUGGGUGACAAAUCAUGCAAGUUUUUAUCAACUUUGUUAUCCUUGAUAUACCCAAUUAGAGAACAAUUGGUAAAUUCACGUCCAUCCAAUAAAAAACGCAAGAUAAUUCGAUUAGUUUUUUAUUCAGAAAGUGACCCAGUCAUAAACAGUUUAAUGAAUAUUUUAAGUUGUUUCUUACCUGACGUUAUUUUCCAUUAUGACGUCUUAACUGAAACAGAAUUCAACAACUCAAAAAGCAACUUUCAGAACAAACUUUGUGAAAAAAAAUCGAAUAGCGAGCCUUCCCAGAAGUUGAAAAGUUGGCCCGCUAGUAAUACCACGCAUAGCAAAACACUAAGCAUUAGUGAUCCCAAACAGCAAAAGAUCCCUGAAGAUGAAAGUGCAGUUGACACUAGCUAUGAAUCUAUUGAUGGUGGUACUCAAAGACCAACAGUCAAAAAUACUUUACCUUCUUUGGAUUUAUCAGCAAUUGAUAAAUUUGAUGCUGAAACAAAACAAAACUCCAGGCCAACAACACCGUAUCCUUACAAUUUACCGCCAUCACCUGUGAUCUCUAAAAUAAGCAAAGGUUUGAGACUCUCUUCACCGAAAUCUAUUCCAACUGCUCAGGCGUCAACUUAUGAUACAAUUAGUGUUUACUCAUCCCAAUCGGAAAACUCUUCCUAUAAGAGCGACUUUGACCAGUUUUCAUAUUUUCCUAGAAGCAAUUCGAUUACCUCUAACAAUAACAUGAUAAUUCAACCGAGCUCCAGAAUAACUUCUAGAAGUUCGUCGUUCAUUCAACAUGAGGAUGAUCUCAUAUCACGGAUGCGAGAACCUAGGAGAAGAUUAGUGAAAACAAUUUCUGUGGCUGACUUGACGCAGAAGAGUAUUAGGGCCUCAAAUUCCUCCCUCAACAAAGGUAGGUUGUUUUCAAAGAAAAUGGAUUUGCUUCAAAGAACUCCUACUGCGCUAUUAAAUAUUAAUGCUAAAAAGUAUAGUACUCUAUCUGAACAGAGCGGAACCUCAGCGGGUAAAAAUGAAAAUGAAAAUAAACCAGACUUCUCAUCGUUAAAUAUCUCAAAGAUCAGAAAUACUAAAAACGUCAAUGAUAGUAACAAGAUUGUUGCGUUGGAGAAUGAGAGGUUUAUGAAGGAUUAUAUUUAUGAUAUGAUGCUAGGCCCUCAAAUUGAAACUGAUAUAGACCUAGAACUUGGGGUGUUGGCAGUUGAUGCGGAAGGGGAAAGAUCCCAGAUCAUUAAUGAGUAUAGUGAAGAAUAUCUAUAUGAAGACAACAAUGAUUUUGAGAUUCUGUUGCCUGGAGAUCAAAAAGAUGGAGCUUUAGAGUACGAAAUGAAUUCUGAGAAAUAUCUUAAUGAUGAUGAAUUUGGUAAAAUUAUUCUCCCCUCCUCUGAAAUUUAUUUGCCCCCAUUGGUUGGUGCGUCUCGUGAGUUCAUACCGGAGUUUACCGUUCAGACAUUGAAAAAAAAUGAUAAUAUCAAAGCAUCAAUUAUUGAUGCCAUGAAAAAAGAUUUAUUCCACAAUAAUUUUAUUGACAAAUGUUAUGACAAUCCCUCGUAUUGCCAUGAGGGGGAUCCUACUGGUAAGAGGUCUAUUACAAAAACUUACUACGUGAACCUAAUGACUAGGGAGAUUCAAGAGUUUGAAAUUAUUUUGAAAAUACCGGUCGCGAAGCAGGCAAAAAUAGUCCCUAAUAAUGACUCAACGACACCAAAAGGCAUAAGUGUGGGCUUGACUCAAACGGAAUCAAACUUAUUGAACGAAGGUCUUGGUGUAUAUGGAGGUUUCAAUGAGAAUAGCUUUUCUCCUGUAGCGAAUCUUUCAAGGAGCAUUAAUACCCAUUUGCGUCACUCUUCGGUAUUUUCUAUGUCUUCCACCUCCUCAUCAUCUGCAAGCUCAUCACCACAUCAAUCACCAUCCCCAAUAAGAUCUUCUGCUUCCAUUUUGAGCUUGUUUGACUUUGGGAAUAGUUAUUUAACAAAUAAUAAUCCCUUCAAUUUCCAAGAUAAAGACUUUGUGUUGAUUGGUAACCGCAUCAUGGAUGAGCAAGGCCGUUUAUGUUCUAAGGAGCUACAAGGUUCCAUUAACGAAAUGGAUUUAAUAUUGAAUAUCAUCGCUAAUUAUCAAGACGAUGUUGAUUUAUGA